CACUUAAAUUCCGAUUUGGGUUGUACAGUUAUAACAACAUCUGAUUUAGGUCUAGAUAGAGCAAAACAACCGGCUUGAGUCACCCGCCAUCACCACCUGUUUAAUGGGCACUUAUGGGAUAUAGAUGAACCCUUGGGAUGUUUAAAUAGUGGUUUAGGGCACAACUUGCUGGGGAAUGUUGAGAGUCGAAGGUCUUGCAUUUACACGGGCAUAGGAUCGUACCCUUUAGGGAUUCUGUGACCCGGUCGCACUGCGGGUGCUAAGGUCGAAUUUUCUGGAGUGUGGACUACCGUCGCUCCAGGAAGCACACGACAGGCUGCGAGAAAUGAGGCCAAUCUAGCAUAGGGGCCAGUUCAGAUGUUUCUGCACCGACCGAGGCCAUCGCUAUCCUGCGAGCUUCCCACCUCCGCUGCGAAUGUGCCAGUCUACCCUUUCGUACCUCUAUGAUUCUUACAGCGGAAGUUUAGUGGCGCGGAGAGCGGAAGUGGGCGGAGACGGUCUUUCCGGCCGGAGCGGGCAAGCGGGAGGGCGCGCGAGUUCUUGCAGCAGCGCGUGGCGUGGGCAAGAUGGCGGACGGGCCAGGCUCUGUUUCUAAGAAACACAAGAAGAAAAAAGAAAGGAAGUCUUUGCCAGAUGAAGAUGUUGCUGAUAUACAAUAUUCAGAAGAAUUUCUUAUCAAGCCUGAGUCCAGAGUUGCUCAACUAGAUACAUCACAGUGGCCUUUGCUCCUGAAGAAUUUUGACAAGCUGAAUGUAAGGACGGCACAUUACACACCCCUCCCUUCUGGUUGUAAUCCCUUAAAAAGAGAUAUUGCUGAUUAUGUAAGGACUGGCUUCAUCAACUUGGAUAAGCCUUCCAAUCCUUCUUCUCAUGAGGUGGUGGCCUGGAUCCGCCGCAUCCUCCGGGUUGAGAAAACUGGGCAUAGUGGCACACUGGACCCCAAAGUGACCGGGUGCUUGAUUGUGUGCAUUGAGCGUGCGACGCGUCUGGUCAAGUCUCAGCAAAGUGCAGGCAAAGAGUAUGUGGGAAUCGUUCGGCUGCACAAUGCAAUUGAGAGUGAGAUUCAGCUUUCAAGGGCAAUAGAAACUCUGACAGGAGCCCUCUUCCAGCGUCCCCCACUUAUAGCAGCAGUGAAAAGACAGCUGAGAGUCCGGACCAUCUACGAGAGCAAACUGGUAGAAUAUGAUCCAGAAAGGAGAUUGGGUAUCUUCUGGGUAAGCUGUGAAGCUGGGACCUACAUCCGAACACUGUGUGUGCACUUGGGCUUGCUGCUUGGGGUCGGAGGUCAGAUGCAGGAGCUCCGGCGAGUGCGCUCUGGCGUCAUGGGGGAGAAGGACCACAUGGUGACCAUGCACGACGUGCUGGAUGCGCAGUGGCAGUAUGACAACAACAAGGACGAAACCUACCUCAGGAGAGUGAUCUUCCCCUUGGAGAAGCUGCUGACGUCCCACAAGCGGCUGGUCAUGAAGGACAGUGCGGUGAAUGCCAUUUGCUAUGGCGCGAAAAUCAUGCUGCCCGGCCUGCUGCGGUACGAGGACGGCAUCGAAGUCAAUCAGGAGAUAGUCGUGAUCACCACGAAGGGAGAGGCUAUCUGCACAGCGAUCGCCUUGAUGACAACUGCAGUGAUCUCGACCUGUGACCAUGGAGUCGUGGCAAAGAUCAAGCGCGUGAUCAUGGAAAGGGACACCUACCCUCGCAAGUGGGGGCUCGGUCCAAAAGCAUCCCAGAAAAAAAUGAUGAUCAAGCAAGGCUUGCUAGAUGCACAUGGGAAACCUAAUGAGAAAACCCCACCAGCGUGGAAGAAAGACUACGUGGAUUACAGUGGGGGCGCUGUAAAGGAAGAGAGCAAGGUCCAGGUGGAGCCAGAGAGGGCCCCAAAGAGAAAGCGGGAGAUAGAGAGUGAUGGAGAGCAGGGGGCAGCGGUCUCGUCUCCUCCAGACUCACCGGAGCCACAGGUGGAAGCCAAGAAGAAGAAGAAGAAAAAGAAAGAGAAGAGGAAGGUGGAAUCUGCUGAGAGCAGUGGGGAGCUGACAGAAACGGCCGCUGACACAAGUGUGAAGAAGAAGAAAAAGAAGAAAAAGAAACAAGAAGUUGAAGAGAGUUCAGAGUAACCAAGCAGAUGUAUCCAGAGCAGGCAGCUUGGACCACUUCAGGAGGAAGGAGUCCAAAGGCCUGACAGCGCAGUGUGCAGAGACUUGUCCUGAUUGCUGUGCAGAUCAGUGUACAGUUUCGGGCCAGCUUCCUCUGUCCUGUUCUAAGGAUAACUGGGGGAAACAGGGCCCUUGUGAGCAUCCAUAGACGGAGUUGCUGGAUGUUUGCGAGAUUUCUGCCAAGGUAUCAUGUAAUGAUGUCCUUAACUAGGCACUGCUCUCCGUCCCCCCUCCUCCCUUUUCCUUGUGCUAUAAAUCCUGCUUGAAUGUCAGAGAGCUGCUGAACUGUCACAGGAGCUUGCUUGUUGUCGGGCCCUAAGGAGAGGACUCUUAUGGCUGCAUGAGCAGACGUUUACCUUUUUUUAAAGCUUUUAUAUUUCCUUCCAUGGGUUUGUCCUGAUUCUCCACUGAAUGCUUUUAAACAUUUUCAUUUCAGCUUACCAACUCCUAUCACUUUCAUUUUUUUAGAAAACAAGUAAUUGAUUUUUUUUGUUUAAGAUUGUAUGGUUUAGUUCUGGAAUUGCUGUGGGGGGGGGGUCUCUCCUCUAAACCCUUCUUCUCAAGCUCUCGAUUUUGCUCCCAACGCCGUUGUUCAUCAGAAGCAUCUUGCGUCUGCUUAUCUUCUCUGGGCCAUUUGAAACGGCAGCCUGAAGUGUAUCCGAAGAAGGGAGCUGGGAGGAAACUGUGCUUUUCCUCCAGCAUUACUUCUGUCCUUCAGUGAAGCAGUUCAGUGAAGAAGGGUUGGGGAGGUGGGUGGCUCUGCACACUGCUGUCUUGUGUAAUGCAGCUCAGACCCUUCUCCUUUAUCUUCCACCUCCAUUCAUGACAGAAUACCAAAGUUGGUUUUAAUAGGAGGAAUGGUUCUUUUUUUACAUUAAAAGAUUACAAAUUGUUGUUUUA